AUGGAGCCAGAGGAGCGGCAGGUGAUGCCCGGCGUGACGCUGACAGACUUUCGCAAGCAGCCCUCUACGGGAGGAGCGGCAAGUCAAACAACUGUAGCCGGGGACCAGGUAGAGGUGGUGCAGGCACAGAUUAAAGAGCUGCGAAAUCAGAUCAAGCAUCUCGUGCGAUCCAAUGCCGAGCUCGAGGAGGCACUCGCUGAGGAAUACGAUAAGGAUUUCGCAGAUGCUAUCGAGGAAAACAAGGGCGUUAUCCUAAAGCGAGAGAUACAAAUCAAGGAACUGCAGGAUCUCUUGCCGAAGCACGCUGCCGAGCCAGAGAAUCAUGAAGAUGGGCUGUACAUUUGA